CAAAACAGUCAGAAUAUGGCCCUUCCACAUCAUUACCGCACUCCGUCGUGUCAUCAUUCAUGGACGCCAUCACUCUAUAAGUACCAUCCCAUCACCACCCUUCAAUACCCCCUCCACCCUCCACCCUCCUCCUUCAUCUUCUUCUUCAAUCUUCUUCUUCUUCUUCUUCAUUUACACACUCAUACUUUUCUUAAAAGCUUUCAUAUGGGUCACUCCGAUAUCGUUCUUAGAUUUCUCAUGUUCUUUGUUUUCAAAGGUGUUUAUGGGGCUACGACCUUUACAUUUUCAAACAAGUGUGACUACACAGUAUGGCCAGGGAUACUAGGCACCCCAGCUCUCGACACCACCGGAUUCGAGCUCCCGGAGGGUAAAUCACGUUCACUACAAGCUCCGGUAGGCUGGUCCGGCAGGUUCUGGGGGAGAACCCGCUGCAACUUCGACGGAUUGGGUCACGGAUCAUGUGUUACAGGAGACUGCGGUUCGGGGCAAAUGGAAUGCAACGGAGCCGGAGCAACCCCGCCCGCCACCCUUGCGGAGUUCACUCUCGGGUCAGGUACGCAGGACUUCUACGACGUCAGCCUUGUUGACGGGUACAAUCUGCAGAUGAUAGUGGAGGCGAGUGGUGGGUCCGGUGAGUGUGGGACUACCGGCUGCAUCGAUGACUUGAACCGGCGGUGUCCAAGCGAGUUGAAGGUGGCAGAUGGUGGAGGGUGUAAGAGUGCCUGCGACACAUUUGGGACGCCGGAGUUUUGUUGUAAGGGUGCAUUUGAUUCUCCGGCGGCUUGUCGGCCGACGGCGUAUUCUGAGGUGUUCAAAUCAGCUUGCCCGAAGUCGUAUAGCUAUGCAUAUGAUGAUGCUACGAGUACUUUUACGUGUAUGGGUGCUACUGAUUACGUAAUCAUUUUUUGUCCUACUCGAAGUAUCGGAAGCAUAAAGUCGAAAGCAGGCAAUGUGAGUCAAGAUUCAUUGGAUGCAUUGUUGGAUUUGUAUGCGCAUCUUGCUUCUGGGGAUUCAUCUUCCAAUAUCAAAUGCCCUUAUUUAUUAAAUUUUGUUAUAUUCACUCUUUAUGUAAUAAUAUUUCUUGUGCAAACAUUGUUUUCCAUUAAGUAAUUAAUUAACUAUUUUUGUAUCUGAUAAAAUUCACGACGGUUUAUAUGUAUAUAUACAAAUGGAUUUUUUGUGAUGUAAUCUUUUUGUUGAAUUCAGUUUCAGACUUUCAAUAUC